AUGGCCCUACUAAAGGCGCGCAGAUUUGGGCUUGACGUUGCUGUCGGUCGCAGAGUCAAACGAGCAAAUGUCCCUUCCUGGUCUCUCGGAGUCUCUCGGGCCGGCAGACCAGGACUUGAUGGUGUUUCACUCCGUCUUGGACUCCUGCGCAGUCGACAUAGAAUAGUGCCAGAUGCCGGUCGAUCCAACACAUCAGUACAUGCUGCUCUACUGUUCAGCGCCGUAGCACGACCGUUCUCAUUGAAGCAAUGCAUCAACAUCGGCACCUCUUCUCUGCCCAAAGCUCACGGUCUUACGAACUCACCACGGUGGGUUCAAGGCAAUGGCACAGCCGUUCUGGUUGAAGUAAUACUCACGAUCGGACACUCUCUGUCCGGAAUGCUGGAUGAUGUGGUCCACGCAGAAAGAGCCAUCAUUCACACUCGGACGAGCCCAGAUUUCAAUCGAUCAGUAAUCAAUGGCCAGCCUUAUUGUUCCUCGGAUGGUGCUAUGGGGCUGUGCUCAUGCUGUGACGGCCUACAAGCUCGCGAUGUUCUUGGCGAUUACUUACUGCCGGAUAGCAUCAUGUGGCCAUUUGUGGGUGGUCAUGAUUGGGGUGUGGGCAUUGCCUACAAGAUGCCAAUCUGGUAUCCUGAUCUGGUCAAGGCCUUCUUCACCGUCAGCGUGCCAUAUACCUGGGUGGAUCUCUCGGUGUUCGUUGAAAAUGGGACAUAUCCAUUGCUCGGGUACCAAUUGCAGUGGCGAGACUUUGCUUGGGAGCGCAACUUCCAGAGUCGGGCUCAGAUCCGGGACCUGCUUAAUGGCGCGUACGGUGGGCUAACUCAGGACAAUCAAAGUGCCUUUUCGCCUUAUGAUGGGUAUAAUCUGGAUCAACUGCCGACGUUGCAGCCAACGCAGCUAAUCAACUUCACAACACUCGACAUAUGGUUCGAAAACUUCGCUAAGCAAGGAUUUCAUGGACUGGGAGGACGAGAGAUCCAAUGCUAA